GGAUCACACUCCUUGACUGACGUACGAGAGCCGCUAUCUCCGAAGAGGCCGCGCAGCCAACCAACCGAGCACUGAACCAGCAGCGACCAGGGAAGGCAGAAAUAAAGGAAGAAGGAAACAAGGAGCAGAGAAGGUAAAAAGGGGGGGAACAUGUCAGAAGCCUACGAGCGCGAGCGCCAAAACAAUGCCCGCCUGGACGAGCUCUCGGCCAAGGUGUCGGCUCUGCGCGGCGUGACCAUCGACAUUUACGACAGCGCGCGAUCCCACGAGGUGAUUGAUUCUACGUCCGAGACAUUCUCCUCCAUGACGACACAGCUCAAGGGCUCGGCCGGGCGAUUAGGGCGCAUGGCGGCGGCAGGGAACAAGGUUGCUAUCCUCAAGCUGGCGGGCAUCAUUAUUGGGACCGUCCUGGUGAUGUACUAUCUGUGGAGGUUGAUGUUCUGAAGCUGGAAGUUGGGAUGUCAUCACCUGCGGGUAGUGGAUAUGAUGGCUUUUGUAUGGAUUAUGGAUACCACCCGGGUGAUGCCGUGCUUCUUUGGUUUGGGUUGCUUUAUUGGAGUGUAGGCAUAGCAUGGGCGUAAGGGGUUUCGGUUGUCAAAGUUCAUGUCGGUUUUCUUGUCUCAGCGAGACUAAUGUACAAUUCGGUUGAACCUGCCCGAAUCUCGAAGUUCUGUUGAUGAAACAAGCCAAUGUGACAU